CCUUCUGUCAAUCUGCUGGUGCGCAAGGCCUCCCUGCUUGGCCAUGGCCGAGUUCCGCAAGCUGGAGUUAUCCGAGGCCCUGGCGCUUGAGCCCCCCUGGCGGCACGCGUGCCAUGCCAUGCUCUAUGCACCGGACCCGGGCAAGCUCUUCGGCCGCAUCCCGCUCCGCUACGCCGUCCUGAUGCAGAUGCGCUUCGAUGGGCGCCUGGGCUUUCCCGGCGGCUUCGUGGACUCGCAGGACAGCUGCCUGGAGGACGGGCUGAACCGGGAGCUGUGCGAGGAACUGGGCGAGGCGGCGUCGGCCUUCCGCGUGGAGCGCGCCGACUACCGCAGCUCGCACGUUUCGGAUGGACGACGCGUCGUGGCGCACUUUUACGCGAAGCAGUUGGAGCUGGAGCAGCUGGUGGCGGUGGAGGCCAGGGCCCCGCAGGCCAAAGACCACGGGAGGGAGGUGCUGGGCCUGGUGCGGGUGCCCCUGUACACCCUGCGUGACGGAGUGGGAGGCCUGCCCGCCUUCCUCAAGAACUCCUUCAUUGGCACUGCCCGGGAGCAGCUCCAGGAAGCCCUCCACGACUUGGGACUGCUGAAUUCUGCUUCCAGCUCCAGCCCUAAGACUUAAGCCCGUAGACAUUGGUACGACCACCCUGCCUGGACCCCUGGGAGCUGAGAUUGAAGACGUUGGUCCUGGCAGUGCAGGCAGGGACAGAGGACUGUGUUGCCUUCUGGACCAGAGUUUCCAGCUCUGGAGAGUUGGAAAGUGACAGCCGAUGAGAUGAAGGUGACGUAUGUUCUCUAGCUUGUAGCAUCCACACAUGACGCAGAGGCACAUGGUCGCACAUGGCCCUGAAGGACGCCCAGAGCCUGCUGCCUGCCUUUGCACCUGCACAGACAGCCUGUGCACUGUACUGUCCUCACAGCCCUGACCGCUUCACCCCAGCAUGCCCAGUGUAACCUCACCAGGAAGUGGCACUGGAGGGCCUGCUCUGCCCUGUGCCUUGUGUUCCAUUGAGGGAAUGGGGGGCUAGGAAGGAGAUGAGUGUGGGUCCCUGUUCUCAAACAUGGCUGCCCCUGGGAUUUCUAGCUCGGCCCCUGCUCCUGGGGAGGAAAGAGGUGGAGAAUGCUCUGUCUUCUAAGGCGCUCCCUAUCCAAUUCCCUACCCUUUUCUUCCCCUGAACCUGUGCAGAAGGAGUCAAACCAUGCUUAGGUCUCCCAUCCUCUCUAGGGCUUUCGCUUUUGGAGGCUCUGGGAUGCCGGAACAUCAGAAGGGAGGCUGACACAACUCUUGCCUAGCCCUGCCCUAAAGGAACCUCCCAGCAUAGAAGGGCUUAUUACUGAGGUUGGAAGCCUCAGUUCUUGUAAUACAUAUCAUGCACCUGCUGAGUGCCAGGUGCCCUGAACAGAAGCACUGUAGGCUGUUAGCCACAUCUCCACAGCAGAUCCUAGCAAGCAUUCUGUGAAAUAAAAUAUGUAUAAAAUAAAUACAACGUAGUAGGAGCAUUUAACACUUCUGAUUCCCCAAGCCUGAUGAUUUGAUAUAAAAAUCAAGACCAUGACACUUUCCCCAUCAGUCUCUAAAUCACGUAUAAUGAGAAACUUGUACAAGAUGAAUAUUUGCUUCUUAAAAAUUACAAAUUAAGUGAUAACAAAAAUGCACAAAUCAGCUGGACCCUAAACAAAUUUCUAGUGGAUUUUCUUCCCUUUUCUCGGCAGACAUUCAUAAAGGACGAGGUAGCAAAUCUUGUAGGCUUCAUUGCCCACAGGACUUGUACCUGCCAACUCUCUCUGUCAAAUGUGCAUGGAUGUUGCAUGGUCAAGUAGUGUGGCCGCGUUCCAAUAAAACUUCAUUGUAAAAAGAUGGUAGCCAACCUCUUGCCCAUAGUUUGCCAAAUGCUUACUAAGGAAACAUCGUUAAUUGUGAUUAAGAUGGCUAGUGUUAUUUAAUUGUGAAGGACAUAAAGGAGCUGAUAGAGUCCUUUCUUGUUUAUUUUAGACCUGAAAAAAUUUGACGCAUAAUUGUGGAUAUAUGGGAUAGAAUAUGAAAUUAGUGUACGUGUCACCUAAAACAGUUGUUAGGAACAUCCGAAAAUCCUUUUAUGCUUAUUUUAAAAUAUAUAACUGAUAUUUAUCAUAGUUACACUACUGUGCAGUGGAAUGCUGCAAAUUAACCUUCCCAUCGAAAUGUGUUUUUGCUUUUACCAA